CAGAACGCACGCUCAACAUUUCAAUUGAUUAUAUGUCACGCCUGUGUGAUAAAAUGAUACUAAACGGAAGCCGGAAAUAUUGUUAGUGGCCACGUGAGAUUUGUACAGAGCCGCCGCUGGCUCUAAUUGUGUUGGCUUGGACGGCCAGGGAAUGGCACCGCUCUGCCGUCCCACCAGAGAAUUCGACUGCCGUUAGACGGGCAUGGACGCCCGUUACCAGAACGAGUGACAGAUGGAACCGCAUCGCUCCGCUCCGCUUUUAUGUGGCGCUCCUCGCUCGGGGCUCCCUGCGUCCCAAGAGGCGUCCCUGGCCCGACGGCUGCCCUUCAUGAUUUUCCAAUGAGUUCGUGACCAUACCGCUUCGAAACCUGUUCCUCGCCAGCGACGGGAAUGUUUUAUUUCAUGAACGUCUGCACCGCAGCGCACGUCUAAUCAGUGACGUCAUAUCCGUCUAGUCAGACAGGAUAAUACCGUAGAACGUCCUGGUGCCUCUCACUUACGACAGGGUGAGCAGUUGACCCUGGACUGGACACACGUGUGUUCGGCUGUUGUGGCCUUUGUGCUACUCGUGCUGCAUAUGGAAUAUUCAGGAAGUUGUGGCCGGGAUGUCAGUGAUAACGACCUCACGCUGUUCGAGGAGGUCAGUGCGACACUGGAAGACGGCCUGAGUGGAGGUGACGCCGCCGGCCGGGCCGCAGUGACUCACACCCUGUGGCGUCAUCCUGAGGCCGCGGCCUCGCCGCCCGGCCGGCCCAGGACCCCGCUAUAAACUCAGUGCAGCCCGCGAGGUGUUCAGUGUACCGCUGGAAGCUCAGCGCGACCCGCGGUGGUCAGUGUUUGCGAUGGCGAGUCUCUGUCUCCGAGGUCUGCUGGGCGGCCUUCUGCUGGUGGUGGUGAUAGCUCAAUCGAGGGGUGCUCGCCGCACGGCCCUGCUGACCCAAGUGCAGGCUGUGUGUCGCCACGGGGGCCGGUCCCCUCGGGGCACCUACCCGGCUGACCCCUACCGGAACGUCACCUGGCAGGGCGGGUUCGGCAGUCUGCUGCCGGCUGGGGUGGGUGACCAGGUGCGGCUGGGUGCCCUGCUGAGGAGCCGGUACGGCGCGGCGCUGCGACUCCAGUCUUGUCAGCGUAUCAGUGUCAUCUCCUCCGACCGUGACCGAACGCGCGAGUCGGCGCGGUCUCUGCUUCACGGUCUGUUCCAGGACACAGAGCUGGGCGGACCAGAGUACCAAGGCGGUCCUCUGCCGCCUGCCGACCCCAUCUGCCCCAUCCGCGUCAUCCCCGAGCGGGACGAUUUCGUGCUGCGGCUCGUGUCCCCUGAGCGCUGCCCGCGGCUCAUCCUCGCCAUCGAGGCCAUGCUGAAGCGCACCCCCGAGUACCGCGACCUGGUGCCCCUUCUGAAGCGCGUGGUGGCUGAGCACGCCGACAUACCGUCCCCCAGCUCCAUCGACCUGGUGAACGUCUUCGACAUCUUCCGCACUCAGCAGCUCAGCGGUCUGGAGAUCCCGGAGUGGGCCCACCAGUCGCUCGGCUCCGGACUCCCCACCGUGUACGCCGCGCUGGAGCGGUUCUUUUUCCUGGCUUUCGGCAGCCAGGGUGCGCCGUCCACCCGCUCUCUAUCAGCUGGAGGUCUCCUGCGGACCAUGGUUGACACAGCUCGGCACAGCGACACGGCUCUGCGACUGUACGCGGCCCACGACACCACACUGGCAGCACUGGAGGCGGCGCUGGGCGUGUACUCGGGCCCCCUGCCGACCUCCAGCUGUCUUCUCCUGGAGGUAUUCGCUGCCGCCGACGGCGCCCGGUUCGUGCGGCUGCUGCGACGUUCGGGUAGCUCUGGAGAGUUGCGGGAGCUGCCCCUCGGCUCGCGCCGCGGCCCGUGUCCGCUCACCAAACUGGAGGAGCUCCGCUGGCUGCCCGAUAGUGUGGAUGACGUCAAACGAAUGUGCCGCCUGUAAGGGACGGCGAUCUCGACGCUAUUCGUCUGUUUACCGUGUUAUGUUUAAGAGAUGUUAAAAAUGCUAGCCACAUUAUACUGAAACAUAUUUCAUCAGAUAUAUUUUAAAAUAUGCUUAGGUAUAGUACACAUGCUGCCAUAUCCAUAUAGGUACUUACUUCUUGUUCGUCCAUUUUUAAACAGUGUUUAAGUCGUACAAAGGCUAUACUGGCUCAUGAAUGUAUAGAUAAAUUGUUCGUCAUUUGUCCGAUUUUUUUUUUCUGAUGAAAGCACGCUUUAUUUGAAAGUGUUAUGCAUUGUAUUUGUACUAACUAGUUUCUAGUCUGCGAUUCCUGCCAAAAAUAUUUGUUUAUGAGCAAAAUGAAAUCAUAAGGUGUAUAUCGCUGGGUAGUGGGCUGUGAGUAGGUAUAUGUGCGUCAUGAAUAAACGACUGGAAUA